GUCAUCCUACUGACACGUUAUCUUGCCGCCUAAUUGCUAUGCUGGUGGGCUCAAGCAGGCAAAUAAAUCUUUGGAAGCAUUCCCUUAUAUCCGGCGACUACUAAGAAGUCCGGUGAACCGGCCGUCAAACAACUACAUCAGAGGUUAAAUCAUUGGGACUCUUGACUGGAAUCGACAGUUCAUCUUCCGCCUCAUGGCUCCUUCCCACAUUAGCGGUCAUGUAACUCGUCAAACUGGACGGAUCUCAUAUGAAGCUGGCUCCAUCGUUCGCAAGUGUGGCAGCAGCUUCAGGAUAAAGCGUGAAAUCGAGGCCAUUGCUUUUGUGCGAAGCCAUAUGACAAUUCCUCUCCCUGAAAUCCUUGACUAUCAAGUGGACUCAAAUAACAGUUGGUUUCUGAUGAAGCGUCUCCGCGGUACUACUCUUGGUUCGGCAUGGCCGAAUAUGAAUGAUCAUGCUCGGCAAAACACACUGUCCCAGCUGACAUCAUAUCUUUGCCAGCUUCGAGACCUACACCCAUCAAUUCAUGGACAGAUUGGAUCCUGCUCAGGAGAAUCCGCCUAUGACCACCGAUUAAAUAACGGAUUCCCUAUCGGGCCAUUCCAUUCUGUGUCUGAGUUCCAUGAUUUUCUUGUGAGCCCAGUAAAACGAUGUCCCCGUCCAGAGCUGUACCUAAAAUACCGCAAGCAAUUUUCUGAUGACUUUGCCAUCCAUUUCGCGCACGCUGAUUUCUCAUAUGACAAUAUCUUGGUAGAUGAAAAAACCGGAGAUAUUACAGGCAUUAUCGAUUGGGAAAUGGCUGGCUUUUGGCCGGAAUGGUGGGAAUACAGAAAAGCUCUCUUUGGUAGCGGAUGUCAAAGAUGGUGGCUUGAUAUUGUGGAUCAAGUCAUGCCAUCUUAUCAGAAGGAAUUUGAGAUUGAUAGUGAAAUAGAAAUGUUCUAAAACUUG